AUGUCUCUCAAAAAUAGUACGAGAGUUAACUCCUCCUUGAGCAAUUCCUCUGGUAACUCUGAAACUUUUGCCGGUGAUUCUAGAAGCCGGCAAUGCAAAAAGGAUGACGCCAUUAGACGAAGAAUUGAACAGGGAUUCAAGAAAAGAACGUCUCGUCCGACUGGAUCGACAUCCCCCACCCGAAAUGUGAAUGGGAUUCUUUCAUCUCCGAUAAAGAGAAAUAAGACUAUUUCUCGCAAUAAGCAUGAGCCCGGAACUGUUAUGGCCCUGAAGCCCUCUGAACCCAUCAUAUGCAAGCCGAAUUAUACAGUCCAUGAAGCUGCUCAGCUGAUGGGCUUCAAAAAAGAGAACUGCAUCCUAGUAGUUGAUGAGAAUGAUGAACUUAGUGGAAUUUUUACCGCCAAGGAUCUUGCGUUUCGGAUAGUUGGUUCUGGUCUUCGUGCAAACUCCACAACAGUAGAUGCGAUUAUGACCCCUAGUCCACUUUGUUGCAAGACUACAACCAAAGCCUCAGAAGCAUUGAAUCUGAUGGUAACUAAGGGAUUUAGACAUUUACCUAUCGUGGACGAUACGAACCAAAUUGUAGGGAUACUAGAUAUAACGAAGUGCUACAACGAGGCCAUGUCAAAAUUGGAGCGUAUGUAUGAGAGUUCGAAAAAACUUUACGACGCAUUGGAAGGUGUGAAUUCGGAAUUGCAGGCUCAGCAACCUUUAGAAGUCAUUCAGUAUUUUGAAAAUCUCAAAAGAAUGAUUGAUGGCCCUAACCUGAGCACGGUUCUCGACGAUACCACGUUGCCAGUUUAUGUGGAUGUAAAGUCAACGGUGCAGGAGGCUGCAAGUCUUAUGAGAGAUAACAGGACUACUGCUGUCUUGGUUCAGGAUUCGAAUAACGAUAACGAGGUUACUGGGAUUUUUACUUCUAAGGACGUCGUAUUACGGGUAAUAGCUGCGGAUCUUAAUCCAAAAAAUUGCUCUGUAAUUCGUGUGAUGACACCGAAACCAGAUUAUGCUACUUCUGAACUAUCAGUACAUGAAGCACUACGGAAAAUGUUUGAAGGACGAUAUUUAAACUUACCUAUUAUUGAUCCACUUUCAACCGAGAUCAUUGGCAUUGUAGAAGUACUGAAACUGACCCACGUUACGUUGUCUCAAAUUAAAACAAUGCAGACUCAAAUAGGAACUUCAAGUUCAGUUGAAACUGUAAAAUCUGGGUUUGAUUCUCCUGAUGAAACUCAAGGGCCCGCGUGGAAUAAGUUUUGGACUUCUCUGGAUCAAGAAGACUCGGAAUCUCUCCAUUCGUUAAACUCUGAUACACAAUCUCCAUUUGAGGUAACCAGCUCGGAGAUGCAACAGUUUCCGCUGGAUCAUGAAAUCCAACCAAGUGACUCAGUUUCAUUUUCAGGUAACUCUCACUCUCGAACACUUAAUGUAGAUUACAAUUCUCCAUUUUCUUUCAAGCUUCGAACGCCUGUCGGAAGAACUCAUCGGGUUAGUUUGAAGCCAAUGGAAGGAAUUUGUCAGCUUCGUUCCAUAAUUUCUUCCAAAUUCAACAAUAUUGAACGGCAGCUACUAAUAGCUGAGGAUGCAUUUGCAAUCUCGUAUAUCGACGAUGAAGGCGACCUGAUAAGUGUCACAACGGAUCAAGAUCUUUUGGAUUGUGUCUACAUGUCCAAACUUGAUCACAAAGAAAAAGUAGAUCUGCUUAUACACAAACCUGAUGAUACACCUGAUACAUUGCUAAACGGUCUGCCGAGAACAAAAACUGAGUAUACUGCUGAAUUUGUGAAAGGUGUUCCCAAUGAAAUAUUACUUCCAGGUGCAAUUUUUGCUCUUGCAGCAUCCAUCGUUGCCAUUUUUACGUUAGCAAGAAAUAAAUAG